GUCGUGGCUUCCUACGAGAGACCUCAGCUGUUGGCUUCCUCACUGCCAGACAGGCUGCUAUCAGUGGAGCUUCAGACCGGCAUCAGCCUCUUCGCUGGGCUCAGUCCGGGAGGCUUUGCGUCACAUUUGCAACCACUUUCACGGUCCGAACUGGCUUUGGGGGCAAACCCCAAUCUGCAGCGAGACUCCGUGCCCGCAUCAGGACACGUCCUGUUAACGUUUGCGAGGUACUUGGCACUCUUCUGAAUGAUGGGUCGUGGAUGAACGAGGUUGACUGGCGCUUAGCCCCAGCUGAGCUGCCGCAG